GGGGUCGGGGGCGCUUCUGCUAUUCAGCCGGUGCGCGCGGCGGCGGGAGGCAGCGGCGGGCUAGUCCCCUUGACGCUCUGUUCCGAGCGUACCCUGGACCGCCAGCUCAGACCAGGGGCAGCCGUGUAGCUGAACGGAAGCUGGAGGCAGCGGGGACUGGUGCCCGGCGCCGGAGCUCCGCGGGCGGGAAGCACCCAGGAUUUGGGAAGUCCCGGGAGCAGUGCGGCGGCGCCUCCUUCACCCAAGGGGCCGCGGCGACGGUCACGGGGCGCGGCGCCCCCGUGCGCGACCCAGGCCAGGAUUCUGAAUAGCCCAGGCUCCUCCUCCUCCCGGGUCGCCUCACCUGCGGGCAUUGCCGCGCCGCCUCCGCCGGUGGAGACGGCACCUGCGCCGCCUCGCUCGUGGGUCUCCGCCCCUCGCCACCCCUCACGGCGCCAGGCCCGGGCAGCUCACCUGGACUGGCGCGGAGUGCGGGAGCCGGGUCGCUGAAGCGCGGUGCCCACGCCGCUGUCCGGAGAGGACGCAGGUGGAGCGGGCACAACUCCGCGGAACCCGGCGCCGGCCUCCGCCGUCGACCCAGCCGACACCGAGUCCCGGGGACCCGGCUGCCCCUGCCCGAGGAGGAGCCGCCGCCGCCGCCGGCUGGGCACCAUGAACAACAGCAGCGCCAACAUCACCUACGCCAGUCGCAAGCGGCGGAAGCCGGUGCAGAAAACAGUAAAGCCAAUCCCGGCUGAAGGAAUCAAGUCAAAUCCUUCCAAGCGGCAUAGAGACCGACUUAAUACGGAGUUGGACCGUUUGGCUAGCCUGCUGCCUUUCCCACAAGAUGUUAUUAAUAAGCUGGACAAACUUUCAGUUCUUAGGCUCAGUGUCAGUUACCUGAGAGCCAAGAGCUUCUUUGAUGUUGCAUUAAAAUCCUCCCCCACUGAAAGAAAUGAAGGCCAGGAUAACUGUAGAGCAGCAAAUUUCAGAGAAGGCCUGAAAUUACAAGAAGGAGAAUUCUUAUUACAGGCUCUCAAUGGCUUUGUAUUAGUUGUCACUACAGAUGCUUUGGUCUUUUAUGCUUCCUCUACUAUACAGGAUUAUCUAGGGUUUCAGCAGUCCGAUGUCAUACAUCAGAGUGUAUAUGAACUUAUCCAUACAGAAGACCGAGCUGAAUUUCAGCGUCAACUACACUGGGCUUUAAAUCCUUCUCAGUGUACAGAGUCUGGACAAAGAAUUGAAGAAGCUCCUGGUCUCCCCCAGCCAGUAGUCUGUUAUAACGCAGACCAGCUUCCUCCAGAAAACUCUCCUUUUAUGGAGAGGUGCUUCAUAUGUCGUCUAAGGUGUCUGCUGGAUAAUUCAUCUGGUUUUCUGGCAAUGAAUUUCCAAGGGAGGUUAAAGUAUCUUCAUGGACAAAAAAAGAAAGGGAAAGAUGGAUCAAUACUUCCACCUCAGUUGGCUUUGUUUGCAAUAGCUACUCCACUUCAGCCACCAUCCAUACUUGAAAUCCGGACCAAAAAUUUUAUCUUUAGAACUAAACACAAACUAGACUUCACACCUAUUGGUUGUGAUGCCAAAGGAAAAAUUGUUUUAGGAUAUACCGAAGCAGAGCUGUGCACAAGAGGAUCAGGAUAUCAGUUUCUUCAUGCUGCUGACAUGCUUUAUUGUGCCGAGUCCCAUAUCCGGAUGAUUAAGACCGGAGAAAGUGGCAUGAUAGUUUUCCGACUUCUUACAAAAAACAAUCGAUGGGCAUGGGUCCAGUCCAAUGCACGCUUGCUUUAUAAAAAUGGAAGACCGGAUUAUAUCAUUGCGACUCAGAGACCGCUGACAGAUGAGGAAGGAAAUGAGCAUUUACGAAAACGAAAUACGAAGUUGCCUUUUAUGUUUACUACUGGAGAAGCUGUAUUGUAUGAGGUAACCAACCCUUUUCCUGCCAUAAUGGAUCCCUUACCACUAAGGACGAAAAAUGGCACGAGUGGAAAAGAUUCUGCUACCAAAUCAACUCUAAACAAGGAGUCUCUCAAUCCUAGUUCCCUCCUGGCUGCUGUGAUGCAACAAGAUGAGUCGAUUUAUCUGUAUCCUGCUUCAAGUACUUCAUAUACUGCACCUUUUGAAAACAAUUUUUUUAAUGAAUCUAUGAAUGAAUGCAGAAAUUGGCAAGAUAAUACUGCAUCAAUAGGAAAUGAUACUAUCCUGAAACAUGAGCAAAUUGACCAGUCUCAGGAUGUAAACUCAUUUGCUGGAGGUCACCCAGGGCUCUUUCAAGAUAGUAAAAACACUGACUUAUACAGCAUUAUGAAAAACCUAGGCAUUGAUCUCGAAGACAUCAAACAGAUGCAGAAUGAAAAAUUUUUCAGAAAUGAUUUUUCUGGUGAGAUUGACUUCAGAGACAUUGACUUAACAGAUGAAAUCCUGACAUAUAUCCAGGAUUCUUUAAAUAAGUCUGCCUUCGUACCUUCAGAAUACCAACAGCAACAGUCCCUGGCCCUGAACUCAAGCUGUAUGGUACAGGAACACCUACAGCUAGAACAGCAACAGCAGCAACAGCAUCACCGAGUAGUGGUAGAGCCACAGCAACAACUGUGUCAGAAAAUGAAGCAUAUGCAAGUUAAUGGCAUGUUUGCAAACUGGAACGCUAACCAAUUCGUGCCUUUCAGUUGUCCUCAGCAAGACCUCCAACAGUAUAAUGUCUUUUCAGACGUACAUGGGAUCAAUCAAGAGUUUCCCUACAAAUCUGAAAUUGAUCCUAUGCCUUAUACCCAGAACUUCAUUUCCUGUAAUCAGUCUGUAUUACCACAACAUUCCAAAUGUACAGAGCUGGACUAUCCUAUGGGGAGUUUUGAACCAUCCCCAUACCCCACUACUUCUAGUUUAGAAGAAUUUGUCACUUGUUUACAAGUUCCUGAAAACCAAAACCAUGGAUUAAAUCGACAGUCAGCCAUAGUAACCCCUCAGACAUGUUAUGCCGGGUCUGUGUCGAUGUAUCAGUGCCAGCCAGAACCUCAGCACACCCACGUGGGUCAGAUGCAGUACAGUCCAGUACUGCCAGGUCAACAGGCAUUUUUAAACAAGUUUCAGAAUGGAGUUUUAAAUGAAACAUAUCCAGCUGAAUUAAAUAACAUAAAUAACACUCAGACUACUACACAUCUUCAGCCACUUCAUCAUCCGUCAGAAGCCACACCUUUUCCUGAUUUGACAUCAAGUGGAUUCCUGUAAUUCCAAGCCCAAUUUUGACCCUGGUUUUUGGAUUAAAGUAGUUUGUAAAGGAUUGUGGAAUAAUAAAACUGUCAUUGUUGGACAUCAGCAAGUUCACAUGGAGGCAUUGAUGCAUGCUCUUUACAAUUCUUCCAAACAAAUUUUAAUUUCUGUUUUUAGAAAAGGAAUUUUCAAAAUGAUAUCAAAAUUACAUAUACUAUAGUCAUUAGUGUAGAAAGUGUGCUGCCACAGAGUAGUGAGAUACUAUCUACAUUUCACAUUAUUCUGAGCAUCACAAAAUAUUCAAAACUUAUUCAGGGAAACUUUAAGACUCUUCUAAAUUAGAAAACAUUCUCUAUUUGAAUUGUUUCUUUUAGAAUAAAAUAAAAUACUUUGAGUUUUGAACUUCUGGAUUUUUAUUAGUUCUCCAAAUACAAAGUUAUAGAACUAACCUCAUUUUUCCUAUUAUUUUAGCCUCUGCUUUUAUCUUGGAUGUUAAAAUAAAUGAUUUGGUGCUUUUUAUAAAAAGAUAAUCUCAGUGCUUUCCUCCUUCACUGUUAAUCUAAGUGCCUCACACUUUUCUACCUAUAACACUGUAGGAUGUAUAUUUUAUAUAAAGUAUUCUUUUUCUUUUUUAAAUUAUUUUCUGCGCACAAAUAUUAUUUGUAUUUCCUAAAUCCAACCAUUUUAUUAAUUCAGGCAUGUUUUAACUGUCCUACUUCCCUACUUACUUCAGGUAAAGGGCAAAUAAUGAUUGAAAAAAUAAUUAUUUAUUGCAUAAUUUAGUUGUUUCUAGACUAUAAAUGUUGCUAUGUGCCUUAUGUUGAAAAGAUUUAAAAGUAAAAUGUCUUUCCCAAUUAUUUCUUAAUUAUUAUAUAAUAGCACUUAAAUUCUUCAACAGUGUUUGCAGAAGAAAUAAAUAUACCACUGUUUAUUGAAAUUUCCACGUUGAUAGUUGAAUGUUGCAAUGUGAAAAAUCUGCUGUUAACUGCAACCAUGUUUAUUAAAUUGCAAGAAGCUUUAUUUCUAGAUUUUUAAUUCUAUUAAGCAAAGCACCCAUUUCAAUGUGUAUAAAUUGUCUUUAAAAACUGUUUUAGGUCUAUAAUCCUUGAUAAUAUAUUGUGUUGACUUUAUAAAUUUCGCUUCCUAGAACAGUGGAAACUAUUUGUUUUUCUCAUAUUUGAGGAGUGUUAAGAUUGCAGGUAGCAAUGUUUGGUGCAAAGUAUUGUAAUGAGUGAAUUGAAUGUUGCAUUGUAUAGAUAGAAUGAACAAAACUAUAUGUAAGAUAUAUGCAGUUUUUCAUUUUAAAAAGUCCAUACCUUACAUAUGCACUUAAAUAAUUUGUUGGGUCUUUACGUCCUUUAUCAGUGUGUCUUUCUAAGAAAUCAAGUAAUAAAUCCAACUGCUUUAACAUAGUUCCUUUACAUUAAAACAUUAGGUUGUUUUUAAUGAUACUGUGAUCUUCAUUACCAAUAGGCAAAUUAAUCAUCCUAUCAACUUUACUGUCCUGAAAUGGUUUAAAAGAAAAAAUCCCACCAUUUUUUAUUCUUUUCUUCUUUUUUUUUUGGCGGGGGGAAGUGGGGAGAAACAGAGUCUCACUCUGCCUCCCAGACUGGAGUGCAGUGGUGCAAUCUCGACUGACUGCAACCUCCACCUCUUGGGUUCAAGUGAUUCUACUGCCUCAGACUCCUGAGUUGCUGGGAUUACAGGCAUAUGCCACUAUGCCUAGCUAAUUUUUGUAUUUUUAGAAAAAACGGGAUUUCACUGUGUUGGCCAGGCCGGUCUCAAACUCCUGGCCUCAGGUGAUCCUCCUGCCUCGGCCUCCCAAAGUUCUGGGAUUACAGGCGUGAGCCACUGCACCUGGCUGUUCUUUUCUUUAGAAAUGAGCGCUGAAGAGCUUAGACAUAUUUUGCAUGUAUUAUUUUACAAUCUGAUGGAAUCCCAAACUGAGAUGUAUUAAAAUACAAUUUUCAUUUAUUUUCAUUUUUUAAGUAAAUUAUUGUAUUUAAAAGUGGCUUCAGACAAAAUAUCUGUCAGUUCUGUGUAUUUUCAGUCGAAAUUUUUAAAUCUGCAUAAUCAACUUGUGUUGAAAAAAAUUUGUCUGAAACAUUUCAUAAUUUGUUUCCAACAUGAGAUAUCUAACGAUUUAGACCAGUGGUCUAGAUUAAUAUUCUAAUUUUACAUUUAAACCUUUUAAGUCUUCUAUAAACCAUUUUUGUUACUCUCUUCCACAAGUUAUUGGACAUAUUGUUAAGUGGAAAAAUAGGCUUUUUAAUUGUGAAUAUGAUGACAAAUCAGUUAUACAGUUAUAAAAUUAAAAGUUUUAAAAGCAAUAUUGUAUAUUUUUAUCUAUAUAAAAUAACUAAAAUGUAUCUAAGAAUAAAACCACACCACAUUAAACCAAAUACAUCUUUGUCUGUAUUGUUAAGUGCCAAAGGAAGGAUGCUUAAUGCACUGCCACACUGAGGGAUUUAUUUCUAGAUGAUAUGCACAUCUAAGAAUGUGGGUGUGUCUAAUUUACUCUUUUCCUGUACCAGGUUUUUCCUACAAUACCUGAGGACUUACUAGUAUUCUAGUGUAUUAUGAAGCUUUCAAUCAUUACUAUGCACCAACUAGUGUUUUUCAGUGUUAAUAAAUUUUAGGUAAAUGCUUUCAUGGCUCUUUUGCUUCAGAAUGUUACUGCUUACAUAUGCCAUGCAUAGAUUUUUGCUUAAAGUAUGAUUUAUAAUAUCCUUGUUAUCAAAGUUGUAUACAAUAAUAUAUAUGUAAUAAAAUAAAUAUGAAUAA